AUGGGCGGCGGCGACGGGGCCGCAUUUAAGCGGCCGGGGGACGGCGCCCGCCUCCAGCGCGUCCUCGGGCUCGGCUCCCGCCGGGCGCCCCGCUCUCUGCCCGCCGGGGGCCCAGCGCCGGGCCGCACCGCGCCGCCCCCGCCGGGCCAUGCGAGCGCGGGCCCCGCCGCGAUGAGCUCGCACAUCGCUAAAAGCGAGUCCAAGACGUCGCUGCUGAAGGCGGCGGCGGCGAGCGGGGGCAGCCGGGCUCCCCGCCACGGCCCUGCCCGGGAGCCAGUGCUGUCCAGCCGCCGGCUGCCCGGCCCCUGCCCCGGCACGCCGCCGCCGUCCGGGGACCCCAGUUCGCGGAGGCCCCUGUGCCGGCCGGCGCCGCGAGAGGAGGGCGCGCGGGGGAGCCGGCGCGGGCUCCCCCAGGCGCACUGCAGGCCCCGGGAGGCGCCGCCGGCCGCGGCGUCCCGACCUUCGCCGCCGUCGCCGCUGCCGCCGGCCCGCGGGCGGGAUGGGGAGGAACGGGGGCUGUCCCCGGCGCUCGGCCUCCGGGGCUCUCUACGAGCCCCGGGUCGCGGGGACUCCGCUCCAGCCGCCGCGUCCGAGGCAGACCCGUUCCUCCACCAGCUGCGCCCCAUGCUCAGCUCCGCCUUCGGCCAGAUGCGCCAGGAGGAGACCAGCUACACGGUGGUGCAGACGAGUGAGGAGGGGCUGGCGGCCAGCGGCGAGCUCCCCGGACCGCUCCUGAUGCUGGCCCAGAACUGCGCCGUCAUGCACAACCUGCUGGGCCCGGCCUGCAUUUUCCUGCGUAAGGGCUUCGCGGAGAACAGGCAGCCUGACAGAUCACUGCGGCCAGAGGAGAUUGAAGAGCUCCGGGAGGCCUUCAGAGAGUUUGACAAAGACAAGGACGGCUACAUCAACUGUCGGGACCUGGGCAACUGCAUGCGCACCAUGGGCUACAUGCCCACCGAGAUGGAGCUUAUCGAGCUGUCUCAGCAGAUCAACAUGAACCUGGGUGGCCAUGUGGAUUUUGAUGACUUUGUGGAGCUAAUGGGACCUAAACUCCUGGCGGAGACGGCAGAUAUGAUUGGAGUAAAGGAACUGCGAGAUGCCUUCCGAGAGUUUGACACCAAUGGUGAUGGGGAGAUAAGUACCAGUGAGUUACGAGAGGCCAUGAGGAAACUCCUGGGUCAUCAGGUGGGACACCGAGACAUAGAGGAAAUUAUCCGAGAUGUGGACCUCAAUGGGGAUGGACGAGUGGACUUUGAAGAGUUUGUCCGGAUGAUGUCCCGCUGA